UUCUUCAUCCUUCGAUUGGUUGUCACGUGGUCUCCGCGGCGAGCAUUCGCCAAUCCAUCCGUCGGCACGACAUCGAGGAGAUGGGCAUGUGUUUUCUUCACGCCCUCCCACCCGAUGAUCAGCCCAAGACGGCCACAUCAGACCCACGCAUCAUUGAGCUUUUGGACAGCUAUGAGGAUAUCUUCCAAGCUCCCGCCGGAGUAGUACCGAAUCGGCCCAUACGCCACGGGAUCACUCUCAGGGACGGCGUCGUACCUCCGUGCGGAUGCAUCUACCGAAUGAGCGAAGAGGAGCUUCAAGUGCUUCGGGCACAACUAGAUGACCUCUUGGCCAAGGGUUGGAUUCGCCCUAGCUGUUCGCCAUACGGUGCUCUCGUUCUCUUCGUCUGGAAGAAGAACAAGGAUCUUCAUUUGUGUAUCGACUAUCGGAAACUUAACUCGCAAACGAUCAAGAACGUCGUCUCUCUCCCUCAGAUCGAUGAUCUUCUCGAGCGACUAGGCGACGCCAAGUACUUCUCGAAGCUUAACCUCAAAUCCGGAUAUCACCAGAUCGAGAUCCAUCCAAGAGAUCAGUACAAGACCACGUUCAAGACGUGGUAUGGGCACUUUAAGUGGAUCGUCAUGUCGUUCGGUCUCACCAAUGCCCCGACUACUUUCCAAGCGGCUAUGACGACGGAAUUCCGCGACCUGCUCGACCGCACCGUACUCAUUUACCUUGAUGAUAUCUUGGUUUAUAACCGGUCGCUGGACGAGCACCUUCGCGCCAUUUUGGAGCGGCUCCAUAUCGCCAAGUACAAGGCAAACCGCGACAAGUGCGAGUUUGCCCAGCAAGAACUGGAGUAUUUGGGCCAUUACGUUACGCCGAAAGGCAUUCGUCCGCUCGAGGACAAAGUACAAGCCAUUCAAGAUUGGUCGGACCUCACGUGUACUACCGACGUUCGCUCCUUUCUUGGCUUAGCAUCAUACUACAUGCGCUUCGUCAAGAGCUUCCAACGGAUCGCUGCACCAUUGUCACGACUUCAGUCCCCCUUGGUGCCCUUCGAGUUCAACGACGAAGCCCGACACGCGUUCCAUACGCUGAAGACGGCUUUGCUUCAAGCUCCCGUCUUAAGCAUCUAUGACCCAACCUUGCCAACCAAAGUGACUACGGAUGCUUCCGGCUACGACAUUGGCGCAGUUUUGGAACAGCAUGACGGCAUAGACUGGCAUCCGGUUGAGUACUUCAGCCAAAAGGUGUUGCCCAUCAAUUCCCUUGAUGAUGCGAGGAAGAAGGAACUGCUAGCUUUGUCACAGUACUUGAGCGUUGGCGUCACUUCCUCCUUGGGCAUCGGCGAUUCACGUGGGCAACGGACAACAAUCCGUUGACUUAUUACAAGACGCAAGACACAGUGAGCAGCACGAUCGGUAGUUGGAUGUAUUUCAUUGA